AGCCAAGGAGUCUAGUAACUCCUCAUCUCCCAGUUCCCUCCCUAAAGUAGCAUUUCCUAUGGCCAAUUUUAAUGACCAUGGUACGCAAAAGAGGAUUCUCCAAUACUUCUUCGACCUCCUCUCUUCCAGAGGGAAAUCAGGAACUAGAGAGUAUGUACGACUACCUAGCAAAGGUUAUUCUUCUCGGUCCAAGUGGUGCUGGAAAGUCUUGUGUGCUCCACCGAUUUGUGAAGAACGAAUGGAGAGUGCUAUCGUCGCAAACGAUCGGCGUCGAAUUCUCCUCGAGAAUCGUUAAGCUAGGAAUCGGCCCUCGGCGGACAAGGAUAAAGCUACAACUUUGGGAUACUGCAGGUACCGAAAGGUUCCGUUCCGUCUCAAGAUCUUAUUAUCGGGGAGCGGCGGGGGCUAUUCUUAUCUACGAUGUAUCAUCUCAUACCUCAUUUGCGUCCCUUCCUACUUUCCUCAUGGAUGCGCGUGCUCUUGCAUCCCCCAAUCUAACUGUGUUACUGGCCGGGAAUAAAAUGGAUCUCUCAUCCGACAUCUCGCUCCAUGGUGACUCCACCGAGGACGCCACUCGGCCUCCCCCAACACCGUCCAGCACUUCCAGCAAGCAGUCUGCCUUUGCAUUCGGCUCGGUUGGCGGUUCUGUCCGCUCUACAAACCAUCUAGCGACUGGGACGCGCAUGACCGCUACAUAUGCUCCCCAUGGCCGUGAAGUAUGCUUUGAAGAAUCCUCCCGGUGGGCUGCGAAGUCAAACAUCCCCGUUGCCGUUGAAGUUUCGGCCCUCACUGGAGAGGGUGUGGAGGAACUGUUCAACCGGCUGGCCAGAAUCAUCUUAACUAAAAUUGAACUUGGUGAAAUCGAUCCUGACGAUCCUCAGAGCGGUAUUCAAUAUGGCGACGGUGGUCUUUAUGGCCAUGGAACAAGCGAUGGCUCCAGCAUACGGAGCCGGAUGACUCUCGAUGACAGCGCAGUCCAACUGCACAAUCGGAACCCUAGAAGUGCAAGUAGGUGGAAAACUGGCAUGAGAGAAUGGGAGGAUGUUUUCCGGUUGAGCGGCCCACAUGAUAAGAACGGCGAAGGGUGUUGCUGAUCUGUUGAUCUUGCUCUUUUAUCGUCCCCUUUGAACUGCAGCUUUCCCUUGCUUUCACCGCUUACAUCUCAUUCUCUCUCUUUUGCGAGGUUGGUAUAGUUGUCUCAGAUUACACAUACCCUAGAACAGGUAAGGUAUGAUCGUAUCUUUGUUUGAUUGCCCGAUUGCUUGCUGUAUAUGCCGUCUUCUUUUCACCUUCCUUUCCUUACCCGGGUAUGUUCACUAAGUGCUAUCUCUUGCUCUUUUGCCAUGGCACUCCGUGUAAUAGGAACACUCCUUUCGAUAAUUGUAUAGCACGAUACCCCUGAUGGUUUUAUCUUUUGUUGGUAUUAAACGAUUUUAUUCUACACUACUUUAUCUA